AUCUCUAUGACGCAAUGCUGAGGCGGCGCCAGGGGGGCGCUUGCAGGACCCAGAAACAGAGUAUGUAUAUAGGCUAAGAUGUAAAUUUCGGUUGAAAACUGAGAAAAUAGCAUUUCGUGAGCUGAAUGGUGGAAGCACACGGAAUAAAGCAAACCCAUACUGUGCCCUGUUACCUUUGGGAGCUCGUGUCUCCGGUAGAUCUUCGGGGAGAUGUACGUGACGUAGCUUUUCCCCCUUCAGGCAUAUUCGAAUCGGGUAAAACGUCUAGCGAGGCAGGUGCGCAUUUGCCCGUAGGUACGAGGUGCUACAACACGAGAGAGUUUAGGUGGGCAGUAAGGGUUCAGAUGUGUUGGAUACUACCAGACUGGCGUAGGUGGUUGUGGACUAACAGAUUAAAUCUCCGGUGCCGGUGCUUUCCUCGGGCUUCUGUCUAGGUGCAUAGCGGCCACAGUAAUGAAUCCCGAGAUGGCCGGUAGGCUUUAAGGUUUAUAGAGUGGAACAGGGGGUUCCCGAAUGCCGAAUGCCAAGGAUAGCUACAUUUAUUAAGGAGGAGUGGAGAGCGGGCUCUGGAA